ACAUAGUGUAUAACACACAUGCCAGUCUGGCUUUCCAAGAAUAAAUUUCCUCAUUCCUGGGUCACUAUUUUAUAACAGGAUGCAGCACCACAGUAACUGCGCUCGACAGCUGUAUUACCUUGGUGUUUUGGAUAGAUCGAUGGGUGCUGAUUUUGCUUGCUCUGGGAGAAGUUCAGCUGAGCAACGUUCUAGCGAGGAACGGUUGAUCGAUGUCAUCGAAAGUGCUCAACAAUGGGGCAAAUUACCGAGUGAUUGGUCGAAAUGUGAACUUGUUUCUGUUGAUGUCACGAAACAUGGUUUGAAGUUAACGGAUGCAUCCAACGGGAUGGUUCUGGAUCGAAUAGCAUUGUUCCACAUUGUGCAGUGUGUUUCAUAUGAAAAUGGUUUCGGUCGUUUUUGCGUGGUUUUUUUGGUACAAAAACCAUUAAAUAAGAGUAUGCAGUGUUACGUGUUUCAGACUAGCAACGUCACUGAUGCCGACGAUGUUUGUAAGCAGUUGGGAGAGGUAUUUAAUGCUGCCGUUAAGUGAUAAAGCAAUAAAUACGUUAGUGAUAUACGUGAUAUAGCAUUACAUGAGCUUUGUGAAUUUCUUUCCAUAAUAUGUAACCAUUGAAGCACUCCUUUUUAUAUAUUCUGAUGUAUAUAGUUCUCAGAUUUCUUAUGAAAAUAUCCGGUUCAUUGGGAUGACGAUAUCAUCACCGUUAUAAAGAGAUGUACAAGAUAAUGAAUGGGCA